AUGUGUAUGGUGUGCUUCGGUAACCCUUUGGCAUCAACGUCGGCUCUCAACGGCGAGUGGUUCGCUGGGGAGGCCGUCUGCAAAUUCGAAGGAUUUAUAGUAUACACAUUUGGUCUAUCGCAGCUUCACCUGCUCACUGCAGUCAGUGUGGACAGGUAUAUCGUUAUUGCGAAGCCGUUGCUUGCACCUAAAAUCACCAAGCAGGUAGCAUGGGCAGCCGUACUGGGGUGUUUUGCCCUAGCUCUCUUGUGGGCGAUAUUUCCGUUCUUCGGUUGGAGCAGUUACGGUCUCGAGGCUGCUGGAGUGUUCUGUGGACUUCACUAUGACGAUCUCAGCCUGAGUAACACGACAUACAUAAUAGCGAUCACGAUAUUUUGUUUCUUUAUCCCCAUGGGCAUCAUGAUCUUCUGCUACUACCACGUGUUUAUGACGGUAAAGACGGUGAACAAAAAUUCCGUGUGGGACAUGAACAGUCGCGUGGCUCGCCGGAACCUGAGACUUGAGCGAAAGAUGCUAAAGAGUUGCGUCCUUAUGUGUGCCGUAUACUGGAUCGUGUGGACGCCCUACGCCAUUGUCUCGUUCAUCCAGACGUUUGGUGACGCUGACAGCGUUCCUAUCUGGUUGGCUGAACUUCCUGCGGCGGCCGCCAAGUCCCAGGUCGUCUGGAACCCUCUCAUCUAUGUUGCGACCAACAAGCAGUUCCGGAGAGCGUUCUUUCAGUCAAUACCGUGUGGUGGUCUGCGGGAGAUGCUGAUCAAGCGAGAUGAAGUGCAGGAGCAGGAGUCGAAGGAAUCAAACUUGGACGACAACCCGCAGCAGACGCCAUCAAACAGCUAUCAGCCGUCGGCGACGAAGAUGACAACAAUUGCAAAGAACAAGGUGGCACCGGCACCAGAAAAUGUUAUCACAGUCGUAUCGGCAUCAGAAAAAAUUACCAAUGUUGAGUGCUAG